UCUUCUCCCCAGACGAUUUCGGGCCUUUUUUGCUCGUCUUUGACUGUUAUUUCUAAAGCGGACGCUACCACCCAGACACCUUGAAUCCGCUUUUCUCUCUGUCUCUGCUCCGUAUUAGCGGCUAAUUCUGGUUCCCCGACGCCGGAGCCACAGCUCCACAGUCUGAACUACGCCUUCACCUCUUUUCCUGAAACAGACUUUUUACCAACUUCAAGACGACUAUUUAGCCUAGUCAAAGGAAAGACUCGAGCAUUUGCUGACUUUGGGGGCUCAGAGGAAGUGAAGAGUCUGUGGUUCGAUCGGUUUUGUUUUGUGUUUGCAGAUCUGAGAGGAGGAUUGUGAGUUCUCUAGGGUCCGAUACGGUUGGUUUUUUGUGCGAGUAUUUUUGUUGUUGAACCGUGUUUGUUUUUUUUCUGUUAUUAUUUUUGUUUGGGGGGUGGAGGCAAAUGUGAAGGUUGUUGAUGGUAGUGUACGGACAAGGAAGAGCCGUUGUGGUCGGCGAUGACCGGAAUUCUUGAGAGAGAUCGGAAGGGGAGGAGGUGGUGUUGGUGUGCCAGUGAAACUCUCACAUGGAAUGGCAGAUCUUGUUAGCUACGGAAAUGCCCACCGUGACAUCGAGCAGGCACUAAUUGCUUUGAAGAAGGGUGCUCAAUUAUUAAAAUAUGGUCGUAAGGGAAAGCCUAAGUUUUGCCCAUUUAGACUUUCUCAAGAUGAAUCAUCUUUAAUCUGGAUUUCUCGUAGUGGAGAAAGAAGUUUGAAGUUAGCUUCAGCUUCAAGAAUUCUUCCUGGACAAAGAACCGCUGUUUUCCAACGAUAUCUGCGUCCCGAAAAGGACUACUUGUCCUUUUCUCUUAUAUACAACAACGGAAAACGAUCUCUUGACCUGAUUUGUAAAGACAAAUGUGAAGCAGAGGUGUGGAUUACUGGCCUUAAAGCAUUAAUAUCCUCAGGGCAAGGUGGGCGCUCAAAAAUUGAUGGAUGGAGUGAUGGAGGCCUCUGUUUUGAGGAUAACAGAGACUUGACAUCAAAUAGUCCAAGUGACAGUUCAGUCAGUACUACAAGAGAUAAUAGCUAUUCAGAAGUUUCUGUCAGUUCCAACACAAAUACUUCUCCCCAGGAUCAUAGGCCUGAGAAUCCUGUGCAUUGUGAAAGAUCAUAUGUAGCUUUGGACCAAACAAUUAUGCAAGUAAAAGGAUCUGGUUCAGAUGCUUUUCGGGUUAGUGUUUCUAGUGCCCACAGCACCUCUAGUCAUGGUUCUGCACCUGAUGACUGUGAUGCUUUUGGGGAUGUAUAUAUAUGGGGCGAGGUGAUAUCUGAUAAUCUUGUCAGGGCUGGGGCCGAUAAAAAUGGUAGUUCUUUGAGCAGAAGAGCUGAUGUGCUUCUUCCCAGGCUGUUAGAGUCCAAUGUAGUUUUGGAUGUACAUCGUAUAGCCUGUGGGGUUCGGCAUGCUGCUUUAGUCACUAAACAAGGUGAAGUUUUCACAUGGGGUGAAGAAUCUGGAGGACGACUGGGCCAUGGUUUUGGGAAAGAUGUUGCUCAACCUCGCUUAGUUGAAUCAUUAGCAUUUUGCAGUGUUGAUUUUGUUGCAUGUGGAGAAUUUCAUACUUGUGCUGUUACUGCUUCUGGUGAACUUUAUACAUGGGGAGAUGGGACACAUAAUGCUGGGCUUCUUGGUCAUGGUACUGAUGUCAGUCACUGGAUGCCCAAGAGAAUUGCUGGUCCCUUUGAGGGACUUCGAGUUGAUAUGGUUACUUGCGGGCCAUGGCAUACGGCCUUGAUAACAUCAACAGGGCAGCUCUUUACAUUUGGUGAUGGAACCUUUGGUGUUUUGGGCCAUGGAGACAGGGAAACUGUUUCAUACCCAAGGGAGGUUGAAUCUCUGUCAGGGUUGAGGACAAUUGCUGUUGCAUGUGGUGUAUGGCACACUGCUGCCAUAGUGGAGGUUAUUGUCACACAGUCUAGUUCAAGUGUUUCAUCUGGAAAAUUGUUCACUUGGGGUGAUGGAGAUAAAAAUCGUCUUGGACAUGGAGACAAGGAACCUCGGCUUAAACCUACAUGUGUUUCAGCGCUUAUUGAUUAUGAUUUUGACGAAAUUGCUUGUGGGCACAGUAUAACUGUUGGCUUGACCACAUUAGGACAUGUCUUCACAAUGGGGAGGACUGUUUAUGGUCAACUUGGCAAUCCCCAAUCUGAUGGGAAGCUACCUUGCUUGGUAGAAGAUAAGCUUGUUGGGGAAUCUGUUGAAGAAAUUGUGUGUGGUUCCUAUCAUGUGGCAGUAUUGACAUCCAGAAAUGAAGUCUAUACAUGGGGAAAGGGAGCUAAUGGGAGACUGGGUCAUGGAGAUGUUGAAGAUCGGAAGACACCAACCUUAGUUGAAGCUUUGAAGGAUAGACACGUUAAAUAUAUUGCUUGUGGAUCAAACUACACAGCAGCUAUAUGUCUUCACAAAUGGGUUUCUGGUGCUGAGCAGUCUCAGUGUUCAGCUUGUAGACAGGCUUUUGGCUUUACAAGGAAGAGGCACAACUGCUAUAACUGUGGGCUUGUGCACUGCCACUCAUGCAGUUCCAGAAAAGCACUAAGAGCUGCACUAGCUCCUAAUCCCAGCAAGCCGUAUCGCGUGUGUGAUUCUUGUUUUGCAAAACUGAGCAAGAUGGCAGAAGCUGGUGUCAACAGCAGGAGAAAUGCUGUACCACGCCUCUCUGGUGAAAACAAAGAAAGGUUAGACAAGGCUGAUAUACGAUUGGCCAAGUUGGCAAUACCGUCCAAUCUUGAUUUUAUUAAACAGUUAGAUAACAAAGUAGUCAAACAAGGAAAGAAGGCUGAUAUGUAUGUUUUGUCCACUGCUGUUGACAUGCGUCGAACAGUUCCCAAACCAGUUCUUACACCAUCUGGUGUUAGUUCCAGGUCAGUGUCACCUUUCUCAAGGAAACCCAGCCCCCCACGUUCAGCAACACCUGUUCCUACCACAUCAGGGCUUUCUUUUUCUAAAAGCAUCACUGAUAGUAUGAAGAAGAGUAAUGAACUGCUGAAUCAAGAAGUUCUCAGAUUACGUGCUCAGGUCGAGAGCCUGAGACAACGAUGUGAACUACAAGAAUUGGAGCUUCAGAAAUCAACGGAGGACGCAGCUGGAAACAAGGAAACUAACUCAUUCAAUCAUACCCAGGGGAUUUUGACCUCGAAUGGCGAGGAUUACCAUUCAGAUGUCAGACUUCCUAAUGGCAGUGGAGGUGUUCAAGCAGGAAUCAUUGGUGAGGCUGUUGACAACAGGGAAUCUGGGCCUUUCCAAGAUGGUGAGAAUGGUAAGAAAUCUAGCAAUUCUGAUGUGACUGGCAAUGCUAAUCAAGUUGAGGCUGAAUGGAUCGAACAGUACGAGCCUGGUGUGUAUAUAACACUUGUAGCAUGCCGGGAUGGAACUAGAGAUCUUAAACGAGUGCGCUUCAGCCGGAGAAGAUUUGGAGAGCACCAAGCUGAGACUUGGUGGUCAGAGAACCGGGAGAAGGUUUAUGAGAGGUACAAUGUUCGUGGGUCGGACAAGUCAUCGGUUGCUAGCCAGACUGCCAGCAGAUCUGAAGGAGCUGUAUCACCAUCUAGCCAACUUCAACUAAUCUAAUGGAGGAAAUUCUCCGUUACCCCUUCUUUUGCAUUAUACAUUUAUUAUGAUAAUAUAUAUAUAUAAGGGCUGAGCAGACUCAUGAAAAGCAGUAAACACCAUUUUCUCCCCUUGUUUUUUCUUCAUAUUUUCCUCUCUUUUGUUGUGCCUUCCUGUUUCCAUUAUUUAUUUUCUAGUUUAAAAUUCAAUUUUUGGGACUCUGCCCUUUUUACCUCUGUUCUAGUGUGGUGUAUAUAAAUCAUCGAUAAUUAUAAUCUAAG